UCCACUCUAUGUUUCGUUACUAAUUUCUUAAGCUUCGCGUCACCUCGCGCUGGUAAACUAAUUUUCAGAGUUUUUAUUUGUUUUAAUAAUAUCGGAAAAUAUGUCUGAUGAUCAUAGUCGUGGUCGGCGUAGACCAUCACGAGAGCAACGGUAUUCUAGGUCGCGUUCGCCACUAGAUACCUAUUCCAGCAAUACCGGUGGCGGUGACUCUCAACGAAGACGCAGAGAGCGAGAACCGUCAGACGAAUCGCGUCCUUCUAAAGUUUAUAAAAAAGAACAUGUUUCACCGGAUAGAAGUUCCAGUUCAUCGCGCAAUGGAAAUGGGCGCAGAGAGCCCAGAGAUCAACCAUCAACAUCAGGUGCUGCAGGUGGUAGGGGUUUUGGUGCAGAUGGAGAUGGUGGAGACAGCGCGGACCAUGGCAUAAAGAAGGAGCGCUAUGAAAUUGUGCAUACGCGUCCUUCUGAUAUUCAAAGCAAAAUUGGUAGUGGUGGCACCCCAAUAAUAUUGCAAGCUAACUACUAUCGUUUGUUGACCAAACCGACCUGGCGCAUAUUCCAAUACCACGUUGAUUUUACACCAAAAGUUGAACUGCGGCGUGUUCGGGGUGGUAUCCUUUCUGAACAUCGUUCAACAUUGGGUGGAUAUUUAUAUGAUGGUACAAAAAUGUUUACUUCAUGUAAGCUACCGGAAGAUAAAACAAUUAUUCAUGCGAAAUCUAAAGUCGGUGACAGUUACACAAUUGUAAUUAAAUAUGUUGGUGUAAUUUCUAUGACAGAGUGGCAAUCACUUCAGAUUUUGAAUUUAAUUUUGCGUCGCGCUAUGGAGGGUCUCAAAUUACAGUUAGUUGGCAGAAAUUUUUAUGACGCGAUUGCAAAAAUUGAUCUGCGAGAGUACCGUUUGCAACUCUGGCCGGGUUAUCAGACGUCAAUUCGCCAACAUGAAAGUGACAUUUUACUCUGUGCUGAAAUCGCUCACAAAGUUAUGCGCACAGAAACUGUUUAUGAUAUUUUGAUGAAAUGCACGGAAACUGCUAGAGAUUACCAAGAGGAAUUUCGACGACAUGUAUUAGGACUUACUGUUCUAACCGACUACAAUAACAAAACUUAUCGCAUUAAUGACGUAGAUUUCAACAAAAAUCCAUCAACAACAUUUAGUUGUAAAGAGAAAGAUGUGUCUUUCAUUGAUUAUUAUUACCAAAAAUACCAUAUUCGCAUACGCGAUCCAAAGCAGCCUUUGCUCAUAUCUAAGCCUAAAGAAAGGGCAAUGAGAAGUGGGGGCAGUGAUACAAUCAUACUUAUUCCCGAACUUUGUAGGCCUACCGGUCUAACGGAUACCAUGCGCAAUAAUUUCCAACUUAUGCGUGCUAUGGCAGAUCAUACACGUAUGAAUCCUGAUCGACGUAUUGACCGCUUAAGAAUAUUUAAUAAUAGACUUCAGCAGACUGAUGCCAGCAUACAAGUACUGAAUGAUUGGAACAUGACCCUAGAUCGCCAUUUGGUUGAACUUAAUGGUCGUGUUCUUGAGCCACAACGUAUCGUAUUCAGCGAACACAAAAAGGCAUCUGCCGGUGAACAAGCAGACUGGACUCGCCUCUUUCGCGAUAACGGUUUGUUUACAACUCCAUCUCGUGGCCUUGACAGGUGGUCUGUUAUUGCGACAAAUCGUAACUCCAGAGAAUUAAGAAAUUUCGUCGAAUCUUUAAUUCGUGCUGCUGGCGGAAUGCAGAUGCGUAUCAAUCGCCCUCGAGAAGUUAUGUUAUAUGAUGAUAGAAAUCACUCGUAUAUACAGGCGAUGGAGGACUGCAGCCGUCACGACCCCCAACUUAUACUUUGUUUGGUGCCGAAUAAUAAUGCUGAGCGCUACGCUUCUAUAAAAAAGAAAGGUUGCUUGGAACGAGCCAUUCCAACGCAAGUAAUAACACAAAAGUCGGCAAAUAACCAGCGCGGUCUUAUGAGCAUAGCCACAAAGGUAGCUAUACAAAUCAAUUGUAAAUUGGGUUAUACCCCAUGGAUGAUUGACCUACCACUUUCCGGGUUGAUGACAAUUGGCUACGAUGUAGCCAAAAGUACCCGUGAUCGAUCAAAGGCGUUUGGGGCAUUGGUGGCAUCAAUGGAUAUGAAAACUAAUGCCACCUUCUACAGCACGGUUGCAGAAUGCAGUUCCCACGAUGUUUUAGCGAAUAGUCUUUGGCCGAUGAUGACUAAAGCUUUACGUCAAUAUCGCAAGGAACAUGACGGAAAAUUACCAACGCGAAUUCUAUUCUAUCGCGAUGGGGUAGGUGAAGGCUCCUUGCGACAAGUCUACGAACACGAGGUUAAGGACGUGGUUGAGAAACUCGAGCAAGAGUAUAAGCGUGUUGGCUCUGAAAAACCACCUAUGUUUGCGUAUGUUGUGGUAUCGAAAAGUAUUAAUACCCGACUCUUUGCACGAGGCCGAAAUCCGCCUCCUGGUACAAUAGUCGAUGAUGUAGUUACGUGCCCAGAACGUUAUGACUUUUUCUUGGUAUCUCAGUCUGUGCGACAAGGAACAGUGUCCCCAACAAGCUAUAAUAUUGUAUACAGCAAUAUUCGUUUAACACCAGAUCAAAUGCAGCUUUUAACAUACAAAAUGACUCACUUGUAUUACAAUUGGUCUGGUACAACACGUGUUCCAGCUGUGUGCCAAUAUGCUAAAAAGCUUGCAACUUUAGUGGCCACAAGUCUCUACCAACCGCCCCAGAACGCACUUGAGAAAAAACUCUAUUAUUUGUAAGGUUCCUUUUUUUGUAAAUGAUUAACAAGUCUAUAUUAGUAAACGAUUUUUCUUAACAUGAUUUCAAAAUGUCUUGUGAAAGCAGUUUUUUUUUUAAUUUUUGAAAUGCAUAUUCCAUAUGGAUGAGUGAACUCGAAAGAAAUCAAAACAACAUACAUAUAAUAUAUGUAACAAAAAAGGUCGAAGUAAUGAAAUAUAAUCCAAAUGAAUUAAAGAAGCAUUAAUAGCAUUAAUAACGAUCAAUACUGAAGUCAUUUUAUACAUAUAUAUUUAUAUGUAAUUUUUGCAAAAAUAGAUGUGGGGUAAACAAAAACAGACUCGACUUUGAAACUAUGUCACCCUGAAUUUUUAAUUUAAAGAAAUAAACUUGCAGAUCAUUCGA